AUGGCCCAAGAAACGGCGCCUGAGCGGUCAAUGGAAGCCAGAGUAGGCAGAGACAAGCAGCGCUACGGCCCCUCCGGCGAACGCCUCGUCUCCGGCGUCGUCCCCCUAACCCCCGACCGCACCCUGGUCCUGCUCAUCCAAUCCUCCGCCCGCAAAGGCUGGGUGCUCCCCAAAGGCGGCUGGGAGACCGACGAGAACACCGCGCAAGACGCCGCGUGCCGGGAGGCCUGGGAGGAAGCGGGCAUCGAAUGCGCCAUCGAGCGCGACCUGGGCACGAUCGAGGAGCAGCGGAGCUCGGCGCAGAUUAUGAAGAAUCCUGCUGCGCCGAGGGCGGCGUAUAGGUUUUUUGAGGUCAGGGUGGUGGAGGAGAAGGAGAGUUGGCCGGAGAGUCAUAAGAGGGAUAGGAGGUGGAUGAGCUAUAAGCAGGCGAGGGAGUGUUUGAAGGAGAGGCCGGAGCUGUUGGAGGCGCUGGAGAGGAGUAAUGUGAAGCGGUAG